AUGGUGCAGAAGUACCAGUCCCCGGUCCGCGUGUACAAGUACCCCUUUGAGCUCGUCAUGGCGGCCUAUGAGAAGCGCUUCCCCACCUGCCCACAGAUCCCAGUCUUCUUGGGCAGCGAGAUUCUGAGCGAGUCCCACAGCGCUGAUGGCGCAGUGCACGUGGUGGAACGCAGCUGCCGGCUGAGAGUGGAGGCCCCAAGGCUCCUACGCAAGAUUGUGGGUGUGGAACAUGCAGUCUUUGUGCAGAGAAACGUACUCAACUGGAAAGAGAGGACGCUUCUCAUAGAUGCACACAAUGAGACCUUUGCUAGCCGCAUGGUGGUCCUGGAGCACUGCAGCUACAAGGUCCAUCCUGAGAAUGAAGACUGGACAUACUUCGAGCAGUCUGCCUCUUUGGACAUCCAGUCAUUCUUCGGCUUUGAAAAUGCCUUGGAGAAGAUCGCUAUGAAGCAGUACACAACAAACAUCAAGCAGGGGAAGGAGGUGAUUGAGUAUUACCUGAAUGAACUCAUCUCCCAGGGUAUGUGUCACACUCCCAGGUGGACACCUACUCCCAUCCUUGAGGAGGACACAUACCUGCAGGUUGAACUUCGGGCUCUGGGAUCCCCAGAAGCCAUCAUGUCCAACAUUGACUCAGCUCCUGAUCCUCAGACUGCCGCUGCAGAAGGGGACAAGCUGGAAGUUGACUACACCAAGCAGUACCUUGUCCAACUCACACCCAUGCAAGAGAGCUGCCUGACCGAGCUGCGGCAGUGGCUACAGGAGACCCACCAGGGCAAGAUUCCCAGAGAUGAGCAUAUCCUCCAGUUCCUGCGUGCCCUAAACUUCCACCUGGACAAGGCCCGGGACAUGCUGUGUCAAUCCCUGAGCUGGCGGAAGCAGCACCAAGUGGACUCCUUGCUUCAGACCUGGCAGCCCCCUAUGCUGCUUCAGGAGUUCUAUGCAGGGGGCUGGCAUUACCAGGACAAAGAUGGCCGCCCCCUCUACAUCCUGCGCCUGGGCCAGAUGGACACCAAGGGCUUGAUGAAGGCUGUCGGGGAGGAGGCCCUGCUGCGGCAUGUGCUUUCGGUCAAUGAAGAAGGCCAGAAGAGAUGUGAAAGCAACACCAAACAGUUUGGCUGUUCCAUCAGCUCCUGGACUUGCCUUCUGGACCUGGAGGGCCUCAACAUGCAGCACCUGUGGCAACCAGGUGUGAAGGCAUUGCUUCGGAUGAUUGAGGUGGUGGAGGACAACUAUCCUGAGACCUUGGGCCGGCUGCUUAUCGUACGCCCCCGAAUCUUCCCAGUACUCUGGACGCUGAUCAGCCCCUUUAUCAAUGAGAACAGUAGACAGAAAUUCCUCAUCUACAGUGGAAGCAAUUACCAAGGUCCUGGGGGCCUUGUGGACUACCUGGAUAGAGAAGUGAUCCCUGAUUUCCUGGGGGGCGAGUGCAUGUGUAACAUCCCUGAAGGAGGGCUGAUUCCCAAGACACUCUAUCUGAUGGAAGAGGAGUAUGAACAUGCCAACCAGCUGCGGCAGUGGACCGAGGCCUACCAUUCAGCUAGCGUGCUCCAGGGAGCCCCUCAUGAGGUGACGGUGGAGAUUCUAGAAGGAGAAUUUGUUAUUACCUGGGACUUUGACAUCCUUCGAGGAAAUGUGGUGUUCAACCUGUACCAUGCCAAGCAGGCUCCCAUGCUGGGCCUCCAGAAGUCUGGGGCCAGGGCUAGUGGGCAGCUGGUGGACAGAAGCUGGGGCUUGGAUACCAACUAUAGCCUUGUGGAGGCUCCCUCGCUCUGCCGAGAAGGAGAGAGCAUUCAGGGCUCCCAUGUGACCCGAUGGCCUGGCAUCUACCUGCUGCAGUGGCAGAUCCAUGGGAUUCCCAGUGGCUUGGCCUACAGUCUGCCAGGAGUGGAUGGUGUCCUGACUGCACUCCACAGCCCUGAGACCAAGUGCAAACUUCUUUACUACUACGAUGUGCUCUCAUCAGAGGACUUCAGGGGCUCCAUGUCCAGUCUGGAAUCCUGCACCAGUGGCUUCUCCCAGCUCAGUGUUGCCACCUCCAUAUCCUCUUCUUCCUCCUGCCAGUCACACAGCAGCUCGCUGGGUGCUAGAUAG